CCCUGCCCAGAAACGCUCUCCAGUCACUCCUAAUCACUGUCAACUAUCAACGGCCGUGAUUGAGCGCGUCCUGCGGAUACAAACAAUGGUCAACUAAUCCCUUCACAAGAAGUUUGGAGUUGUUGUCAAACUUGGAACUUACAGACAAACACUGGAUUUACAUUUGAAGAUAAAGAAGUUCCUAUUUCAGCGUAAAGUGGAAUACUUCUCUUCAAAAAGAAAUACCAAGCGUCCCAAAGAAUCUCAAGAAUGUUUCUAUAUGAACUUAUCUCACACGUCAAUAUAUGUUUUGUAACUUGCUAAACAUGCAAUCCUUUAGUUGCAUUUAGUAAGCAGAAAAUGCAUCUGUUUCUUAGUAAGCGCCUUCCGAGUUCCUAACGCCUCGGGAUCAGUGUUUCUACUCUAGCUGAAUGAAGUUUUGCUGCUGAUUUUGACUCCAAACUGAGUCUCCGACAGUUUUCAAAACUCGUUUCAUCAUCUGCCCACAAGGGCUUGGUCGACUUCAGUCAUGAACACGCCAAGGUGCUCUGGAGUUUGCGCGAUGAUGAGACUUCUGGCGCUGUUUAUACACGUUUUGUCAACGACUGCAAAGAGACACGUUGUAUACUGGAACUCUACAAAUACACGGUUAACUGGAGAUGAUUACUCUGUCCAGGUCAAUCUGAGUGAUUAUCUGGAUAUACUGUGUCCUCACUAUCCCGGCGACCACCCGUCCGGCGCUUCAGUGGAGACUCUGGCUCUGUAUCUGGUGGCGGAGAGCCAGUUUAGGGGCUGCGUGGACACUAAAGAGGCCAUUAAGAGAUGGGAGUGCAAUCAGCCGUUUGCUCCCUUCGGCCCUGUCAGGUUCUCUGAAAAGAUCCAGCGCUUCACACCCUUCUCUCUAGGCUUUGAGUUCCUGCCCGGACACCAUUACUACUAUAGCUCUCUGUCCACAGACGACGGUCCUCCCCUCCCCUGCAUGAAGCUGCGGGUCACUGUUUGCUGUCCGCCGACAACAGCUGGAUCAUCUAGACAAGAAGCCACAGAAACACCAUCACACAGCACCACUGUCCAAAAUAUGACCUUGACACAACUUUUUCUUCUCCUCAUCCCCUUCUUAUUGUCUUAUUUUCUUUAACAUUUCUUCUCAAAGCAUAAAAGCUAAACACAGGUUGCAGCAUACAUUCUUCCAUAAUCAUCUGCAUCUGUUACAGUAAAUGUUUGCGGGAUCACAGACUCUCUUUCUCUAAGUUUCUCCUGUGCUCCAUCAUGUUUGUCCUCCUCUAAUCUCCAUUUGCCGCUGUCUGCUCUGAUAAAAGUUCACUCUGUAACAGAGUGACACUAAUCUACCUUCAAAGAGCUGAUCUUACUGUUCCUUUGCUUUUUAAUCCAUCUGUCCUUAAGAGUCUGACAUUUCUUCACAAGCCGUCUGCUUCCCUUCUGUGCUACUGUACAACAAACUGAGCCAAAGACCAUGAGAAGCGCUUUUACUACUGAGAGAAAGAGCAGGAACACACGUCUGAUCACUGACAUGAGGAUCGAAGGUGGAAAAAUACAACUUUUCCUUUUUUUUGGACAUAUUUGCUUCAUAAGAAGAAGAAACAACAAGUUGAAGCCAAAUUCAGAUCGCAGCAGUUGAAGUUAUUUUGCUGCAUUGACUUUAUGGAGGCUGGCAGAACUCUGGAAAAAUCCUGGAGAACACACGGAAGAGAAAGAAUUACUUCCUGUUUAUUGUUUGUUUGUUCGUUUUGUUUUUUAACAAGCAUCUCCAAGUGUGGACACUUCUGAUUGGUUAUUAAAAGGAUAGUUCACCCAAUAUAUAUUUAUAUACUGUCAUUUACUUUUCCUGGUUGAAAACCUGUAUGCGAUUUUAUUUAUUAAAAGUGAUUAGUUACUUUACUUUAAAAAGUCCAGUAAACAUUAUAAGCUACAAUUUUUAUGUAAUUAUGCAAAUGUUUGGUUUACUUAACAAAUUAUAGGCAAUGGAUCUAUUCAUUUUUUUUUAAAUAAAGUCAAUAAACUGCUUUAUACAGUUUGUUGAAAAAAGGUACUUUGAAGAACGUUGCAAACUGCUACUUACACUCAGAAACAAAAGUACGAGAGCUGUAACUGUGUGGUACCUUUUCAAAUGCAACACAUUUGUACCUAAAGGAUCCAUAUUAGUACCUAAAAAGUACCUUUUAAAACUUUGGGUGCAAAUAUAUGCUUUUGAGGUGCCAAUAUGGACCCUUCAAGAACAAAUGUGUUUCUUUUGGAAAGGUAGCACCCAAUGACACCUGUCAUACCUUUAUUUCUGAUAGUGAUUAAUUAAAAUGACGUUGGUUGUUUGUUCAAAUAACUUGUUUCAGACGUAUGAGCUGAAACCACUAAAUUCUUAAGGGUUUUUUGCAGACAACCAAAUUGUUUAUGUUAAAUCCACGUAAAUCUGUCAAAAUAAUAAUAGUUAAUUCCUUUAUGUUGUCCCAACACAAAUUGAUUGUGUUGAUUUUACAGUGUAUUCAAGAUCCAUGUUUAGAAGUAUACUGAAAUCCUGGAUAACUAUCAAUAUAAAAACAUUUCUGAAGAUCUAAAAAUGUUUAUCAAUUCAAUGCAAGUUCUUUUUUUUUAUAGACAUUAACGACUCAAUUAUUUUCCUAUAUGUAUAGCUUCAAUUGCUAAUUCCAAAUUAACUCUCAAUGGCUACUAGUUUUCAACAUUCUUCAAAAUAUCUUCUUUUGUGUUCAACCGAUCAAAUGAAACUCAAAGGUUUGAGGAUAAGUAAAUGAUGAGUACAUUUUUUGGGGUGAACUUAGCAAUUUACUUUGGUGUAGAGUCGAUUUGUUUAUUAAGCACUUAAUCAGGUUCAGAGAGCAUGAGUUUCAUCAUCAUGAUUUUCCUUUUAUUUGUUCGGUCUCAUAUUAUUUUAUGAGAAAGUAAAUUACAUGCAACAAAAGUGUUCGCUUUAACAAUGAGAGAAGAUGCAAAGUAUUUCAUGAUUAAUAAUCAUAAGCAAUCAUAUUGCUUUCAGUUAGUCUGAAAUGAUGCAAAAAACGAAAUGCUGGAUAUUUUGUAAGCAUUUUAUUAUUUUUUAUGACAUUAUUAUACAAUACUUUAUUUAGCAGUAAAGUCAAAGAAUAUUGUUUAGAUGCUUAACAGUAUUGGUAAAGAGAUAAUAAGGAAAAAGCUCAGAACAUGAAUAAAAGUGGAAAUGUUUUUAUUUAAAUUUUAUUUGUUCAUUUGUGGAAAAAAAAGUUUGCUCUGUUCAGUUCUUACAAUAAUGAUUUUGUCAAGUUUUUUAAUCUGUUGGCCCUUUUUAAAUUCUUUUUCUUAAGUUUCUGUUGUACUCUUUUAUUUUUAGAUUUUCAGAUGCAUUUGAUGAUCGCCAAAACAGAACAAUCAGGGUUUUGUUUUUUUAAUACAUACAUGGUUUUUAGGAGUAUAGUUUUUUCUUCUUCUUUUUUUCACAUUUUUGUGAAGUGGUCAGCAUCUUCUGUGAAGAAAUAUUGUGUUUUUCUAAAAUGACCUGCAGAAAUAAAUUUUUAAGAUGUA